GCGGGCGGAACAGGGGCGGCGGGCGGAUCUGGAGCGGCGAUGGCGGGCGGCCGGGCCGGGGCAGUGCGGUCCCGGUCGCUGUUCCUGUGGGAUAACGGGCGCCCUAUGCGGUUCUACCUGCGGCCCGGUCAGGCCAAGAUGCGCCUGGCGCCGCUAUUGCUGGCGGGCGGCGGGCAGCUGUGCUAUGUGCUGGAGCCAGGGGCCGUGCUCCUGGCGCAGCCCGGCGAGGCGGCUCCCAACGGGGCCAUCUCAACGGAGUAUGUGACGGAGUGCGUGGAGCGCAACCAGCGGCUGCCACUGGAGCCCUUCCGGCUGCCUGCCGCGCCGCCUGCCGCUGCCCCGCCCGACCGCCUGGCCUUCACGGAAGCAGAGGAUGCGGCGCUGCUGCAGGCGGUGCGCGGCCAGAGGACGGUGCGGGUGCACGGCUGUGCGCUAUGGAUUGAGCUGGAGCGGAGGGGCCUGACGCGGCACAGCUGGCAGGCCAUGCGUGACCGCUUCCUGCGGCACCUACGGCCGCGGCUCUGGGAGCCCCCGCAGACGGACGAUCCCACGCAGAUAAGAGGCCUGUUCGCGGCAGCUAAUCGGGAGUUCGAAACCACGGAGUCAGAAAGUGACUCUUCAGAUGCUGCAGAAGAACUUUCUACACAAGCUGGAGUGGGAAGGUCCCCAGGAGAAACAGCAUCUGCUCUGAAAACUGGACCAGAGAACUCUGCUUCCCCUGACAUUCAAUUAGAAAGACAAGAAAGACCAAAAAGCGCUGCUUCUGCUUCCGGUGUGGUGGGACAAAUAGUAAAAACUAUGGAGUACUUCAUGGAGCAAUUUGCUGUGGACCUAUUCACUGUUACACAGGCGUUUCUGAAAAACAGUGGUGAUGUGCAAGCUACCUCAUACUUUCUGCAGACAGGGCACCGCUUGGAUGGGUACCCUGUGUGGAGCAGAGAGGAUGAUUUAGAAUUGCAAAAGGAUGAUGAACAUGUCAGAAAUGAAUUGAUAGCAAAAUUUGGAGCUGAAAAUGUAGCAAAGCGAAUAGUAUUUAGGGAAAGUUAGCAAGAGGACAUGACAGAUCUAGUACUGUUGCGUGAAUUUAAUAGUCAUUUCAGAAGCACGAUAAAAAAUUUGAUCAAUGUUCUGAAGUUUCCAAAAUGCUUUAUAGUAUUUUUUUUUAUUUAGAAGGCAAAUUUUGCAUCUCUGUGGAUCUAAGAGGUGCACCUGCUUUAAUCCAAGCAACGUUACACUUGUAUCAGGCCAUGUGUUUUAACCAGGAAAAAUACACCAGCUUCUAGGACUAUGUGUACCAGUUGAGGUUAGGAGAUAAAAGUUAAGAAAGAAUAAUCAGCAUUUAUGUAUCUAUCACCUAAGUUGUGCCUGAGAGAGAACACCAUCKCUAGGAGACAGUCAUAAUCUGAAACGCUCAGUACUUUUAGCCUGAAACUGUGGUCUGGUCAUUUAUUUUAAUAUUAUUUGAAGUGAGUCCUAAAAAUGGGGAAUUCAUUCUUUUGGUGAAGUAAAAUGGGCUGGUAAAAGCCCUUAAGUGGGUUUUUUUUUUGUUGGUUUUUUUUUUUUUUCUUUUUUGUUUUGUUUUGUUUUGGGGUUUUUUUGGGGGCGGGUGGUUUGCUUUGGUCUUCUUUUGGGUUUUCACACAAUCACACAGAAUCACUAGGGUUGGAAGAGACCUUUAAGAUCUUCAAGUCCAACCCAUGCCCUAGCACCUCAACUAAAGCAUGGCAGCGCCUCAACUAACCCAUGACAUUUUUUGGUGGUUUUUUUUUUUUUGUUUUGGUGUUCUCAAUUUUGAUUUUGGGGGGUAUUUUUCCUUGCUGUUUUUUCUUUCUCCUGACAGCAGACCUGUCACCUUGUGCAGCCUAGAAUUCCCAUUCUAGUUUGGGCAGUAUACACAUCUUAGCAGCACCAUAGUCUUGCAUUUCAAUGGUCUUAUUUAAUUAAACUGCUCUAGAAUUCAAAGUGAGAGGCAGAACACACUAAAUAGCUGCAAUAUAAAAUGAUCAGACUUACUAUAUCUUUUUGUAAUUCUAAGUGACUCUUGGUUUAAGAGUGAGUUUGUCUUACUGUGGCAAUAGACUAAGAAGGAAAGCAGACUUCUGAGUCCACAUAGAGUGUUUUUAUCUUUGCAGAGCCAUAUGGACACAUUGUUUAACGCUGAGAAUCUUUCCAUAUGCACUCGGUGCACUCCGCAGUGUAGGAGCUAAGACGCAAAGAUCAAGGUUUACCCAAGGUUGCCCUUUUUCGUCUGUUAACAUCUGAAAGGCAUUGCUUAUCUACAGAUUCGCUUGCUUGUGCAGGCAAAUGGGUGUAGUCACUUUUUACCAAGUAAAAACCUGGAGGACCCAGAAAUAUGGUUCUUCUGGUUCCACCUUUUCCCAUGAUAAAAAUGUUUUCUCUGCUUUCUCUUACACACAACACAGUUACGCUCUUUUUGACAUGCUGGAUAUAGUUUGGUUUUCCAUGUUUGUAUCGGGUUCCUGUAGUAUCACGAAAGUUCAGGAGGGUUUUUUUUGUAGCUCAAAGAACAAUGCAAGUUUCUUUGUAUUAUUGCCUGGAGCAGCAAUAUUUGUAUACCUGGAAAAAUUAGCAAAGUGGCAAUGCACAUAAAAGAGCUUUGAGUUAACAAUUCUACAGCCAGAAAUUCUGGGUUUGCAAGCUAUUGUCUGGAAUUUGAGUAUUUCCUGUUUGCUUUUUUCUGGAGUUAGCCAGCCUUCAUCACAAUCAAUUAAUUUCUUUCAUAACCAGAGUUACCAGUGAGAAACAUUGUAUGCACUAGGUUGAAGAGCAACCAACAAGAAUACCACAGAGUAAGCUUUUAAAUGUCCUUUUGACUAGAGACUUCUCCAUCUUACAGUUUACUGGUGUAAAAACAGAGUUUAUUCUUCGAAACUUAUACAAUGUAAACUUACUGUUUGUUUCUAAACAGACUUCUGUGAUCUUUAUUUUAUGCAUGUGCCAAAGGUCGUAGUCAKAGUUUUACAUGUCAUCAUCAGCAUCUUGAAAUUUUGGGGCCUUUUUAUUGGGCUUUCUUAUUGUUCCUCCAGAAGUAUUUUAAGUUGCCUUUGCUCACAUUAACACAACUUUAAAUUUUCAUGUGACCAGACUGGCAAGACUUUGCUGUUCCCAGAAAAAAAGUAUUACAAAUUGUUGUAUUGAGGAAACAUACCUAAAGGAUUGUAAUAAAGAUAUACUGAAAUCAA